UUAUGCCAAUACCUAGUGUGUUCGCUUAAAAGCUAGUUAAUGCGAAAAAUGCACGAUAUAAAUACUAAUUGUAUUGUGAAUGCUAUCAUGAAGUUAAUGAUUUGGUUGUCGGUUGUUUCUGUAUUAUCGGUGAAUAUUACGUCAGGCAAGUCACAUGACUAUGUCAACGGAGAUCCUGAAGACAUUUCUCAAACGACUGACGGUGUCAACGAGGAUGAAUAUAGUGAUGGAAAAAUGAGCGAAGCGGUGUUUAUAAAAAACUCUUUUAAAAGUAUAACUUCAUUAAUUCCAGAAUCAGUUCAAAUCUCCAGAUUUCAAGAAAACGUUGGUAGGAAAGGUUUUCUGUGCACAUCCGAAACUACACUCAGUCUUCAGGUACUUGAUAUAACUUCAGACUUUUCCUACCAGCCUUCUCCAGUGCAUGGCUAUAGAGAAGUUUCGUUUCAGGCCAGUGUGAUCUUUAAGAAGCCUCUUAUAUUUGAAACUUUCAUGGAUGAGUUCAGUGGGAAUGACGGCAAGUUCUGUGAUGCGGGGUCCAAGACGGGGUUUGUUCACUGUACUUUCCCGAAGGAAAGCUACGUCAAUGUGUUGCUAGCAGUUCCUGAGUUUUCAAAAUAUCAGACCAAGCUUCAAAUGUCGCAAUGCACGGUUUACAUAAAUAGAAUCAGUGUUGAAAGUGUGAGUUAUCCUGUUGUACAGGAGAUAGACAACAAAGUCAGGGGCAUCGGUGAGCGUUUGUGGAACAGUAUAAAAGAAGAGGGUAUAAAAACUAUGAUGAAUAAUGGUAUCGUGAAGGCUUUGCUGAGUAAAUUACAAUCGGUUGGUAACAGAAUGCAAGACGAAGACUGGGUUUGUCUUAGUGAUGGUUUGUUGGAGUUUGGAAAACACAUUCAAAAUCAAGGUGGUUCCAAAGGUAAGCUAACUUACGUGAAACACAAUCCUUUAGAAUUUAUCAACUCUUUCCAGCUUGGCAUUGAAAAGUCAGUUUCUGCCUUUCGAUCCAUGGAGACCGUCAAAUCAGAUGAGCCCAUUAUUGUCCAAAUGUCGGACAGCUUGGCUGGGAAAUAUGAAGACUUCUACGUUUUGAUGCACGCCCCGCUGACUUUUCAAAAACUUAGAAAUUUCUUUGGAAUUGAGGAAGAUUACUAUUUUACUUUCUUCUGUCAGGACAGUGUAAAGCAAAUCCCUAACCCAGCAAAUAGUGGAGCCAAACUGUACAUGUCUCCAAAUGGAAAGUUUAUAGCAAAAACGUUGAGACAGUCAGAAGUGGAGACUUUUCAACUUAUUCUAAAGUCUUAUUUCGAAUAUGUUAGCAAAACUCCAGACACCUUACUAACGAAAAUGUUUGGUCUUUACACGUACGAGAAACGAAGCACAUUGUUUCACCCUUACGGCGCUGAAAAAGAUAUUGUUGUGAUGAAUAACAUCAUGCCCGCAAACGAGGAAGAAAUCAGCCAGAGAUAUGACCUUAAAGGAGCUGAGUUUAGGAGGAAAGCAUCUGAAAAAGAGAAAAAGAAGACAAUAGCAACUUUCAAAGAUAAAGAUUUUCUUUUACACCAUUCUCACGGUAUAUAUUUAAAGGCAAAUGACUACGAGAGACUAAGGAAGGUUGUAACAUCGGAUUCGAAGUUUUUAUUAGAUUUUAACAUUUCAGAUUACAGUUUGUUAUUGGGAAUUAUUUAUGAAGGUAGAAUAUUAAAUAAAGUAGAAAGAGAAAGGCCCACUGGAACUGUAACUGGUAUACCUUGUGAAAGUAAAGAAGAAACCUCUGAUUUUAAACACGUAGAAAAUAAUCUUCUCAAGGGUUUAUCAGGGUUCACGGUUCAUGGCGAAAGAGUUAUGCUUUAUUUAGGAAUUAUAGAUUGGUUACAGAACUUCAAUAUUAAGAGGAGGAUGCAGGAUAGAGUCUUCAGUUUGUACGUUUGGGAUCACUCAUUUUCUAUCACAGACCCUAAAACGUAUGCAUCAAGAUUCAUAGACUUCAUGGGAUCAAAGGUUUUCCGAAAGAUGCAGCCUUGCUUGGCAGAAAAUAAGUAAAUCUCUUGAAAGGAUAACAAAUGUUGAAUAAAUGCUUUGUCUUGACUCAGCAGGCUCGAAAAGGAAAUAAGUUAUUUCCAAACAAUUCCAGACAAAUGUUAAAACAUAGACGAUGAACUAAUGAAUGCAGAACCUCUUGGACAGUGUGAACUGAAAACUCCCGAGGUUAGUGGUACAAGAAAGUUGGAGACUAAAAACAUCCUAGAACUUAUUAUUUAUACGAUUGUAGGGGUUUUCUCAAUUUUAUUUACCCAGUUUGUAAUUUUAAAAUGUUUGU